AUGGCUAAAUUCGCUUCCCUGGAAAACCUCCAUACCGCAUGGCUGCGGGACAGGGAGAUCGCUCAACGGCUGGAUGCCGGAGGGCGUUUGGUUCGGUCCUAUUAUGGGCUCUUUGUCAGUGCUUCUGAAUUGCAUUGUGUGCAUAACAAAGCCUUGCUGACUCCAUACAUGAUUCGGCAACGCCGAGAGAAAACCCUUGACAUUCCAGAUGUUGAGUCGUUGAAAUCAGAGUUGAAGGCUUUGUAUCAGGCCCGGCUUGCACAGAAGGAGAAGCAUGGGAAGAAACAGCCAAAGGCUGUGCUUGAAGCCAGCAUGGCUUUGGUUGAAGGAAAUUGCCAUCUUGAUGCCAAGACCAUGAAACGCCUUCUGUCUUAUGCUCGGGCUCGGUUCUUGAAGCAGGGUGCAAAGGUUAAAAAUCCGGACUUCGCCAUUCUGCUGAGCUACUGGGGCGAUGAAGACAAGUAUCCAAAGGGCGGAAAGUGCACCCGUUGGAGUUGCAAAGAGGUUGAAGCUCGGGCUGAGGAGGACGAAGCCGCAGGCCUUCAUGAUGCAAUGCAAGAGGGUUAUGAAGGAGAGGAGGAGGAGGAUUGGGAAAAUGAUGAGGUGGUUGAGCCUCCAUGUGUGGAGGAAAGCCAUGCAGAGAAGCCACCCAGCAAGCCCGUGCAAAGCGAUGGAGAGAAGCCCCCCAGCGAGCCCAUGCAAAGCAAUGCAGAGAAGCCCCCCAGCGAGCCCGUGCAAAGCCAUGCAGAGAAGCCGCCCAGCAAGCCCAUGCAAAGCCAUGAGAAGCCUGGUGUCAUUCAUACUGACAGUUCGAGGUCCAUUGGUAGUUUGGCAAGCAGUGCAUCGCUGGCGACGACGGUUCUAGAGACUCCAGAUCCCAAGCACAAGUGCUUUUCAGAAGCAGGUAAUGGGCAGAUCACGCCAUCCCCUCCCUCGUUGCCUGUGCUCGUCAAGGAGGUGUUGCUGGUGGUAGACUCACCUAAAAAGGUCAUUAAGCAGGAGCCCGUGGACAAGACCCUGGCUGAUGUUUUGGCUGAGACGGAUGCCUUUGACCGAGAGGCAGCUUUGCGGGAGUUGGCGAAGCUUGAAGCAGAGCUUUUACACUUGGAGACUUCGCGCGGGAAGCCGGAUCCGAGCCAGAUUUCCCGACGUGAGCUCGCCUGGUCCAAUGACAAUGAUGAGACGCAGGUGGCUACCGAGAGCCAGAUCACGGAAGCAAUGGCACAGGCUGCAAAGGACAAGACUCCUGAAAGGGAUGAUAUGGAGAAGGAGCCGGAGCUUGCAAGGGCCAAGGCGGUUGAAUCUCUUGUGCCAGUUGUUGUGACUCGGGAGGACCAACUUUUAGCUCGGCAGCAGAGAAAAGCUGAGGCCGAGGCCAAGAAGCUGCAGCAGAAGAAAGAUAAAGAAGAGAAGGAGCUGAAGAAGAAAGAGAAAGAAAAUAAUGCUCACAAUGAAGAGAUUGCAGAUAAGAAGACUCGGAGGACAGCUGCUAAGAGCAAGGCCAAAAAACAGGCCGCUGAACCAAAGGAGCCUCCUGUGGCUGGGGAUGAAUGUGAGCAGGGAGCUGAGGGUGAGGAGCCCACGCCAUCGGCCCCAGCCUGUGGUGGUGGAAGGGCCCGAGGUGGUGGCAGGGGUCGGGGCGGUAGGGGUCGGGGCGGCCGGGGCCAGAAGAGGGCAGCAAAUCAAGAGCAGAUCAACCCGACCCCUGUGAAGCGAGUCCGUGGAAAGCAAGCAGGCAAGGGAGCAGCAGGUGUUGCUGUGCCUGAGGAGGGGGAGCAGGCUGCAGGGCGACGCAAAAGGAGGAAGAGUGGCCUUGCCGAGACCCUCGAGCAAGGGAAGGCUUUGGCAAGGAGCAAGGCAGAGGCGCUAGCGCAGGGCGUUUCCCCAGAAGAGGAGGCAUCUAGACCCAGAUAUGUUGUGGUUUUCGUUGUGUGUGCAGAGAGGAUGAGAGAUUCAUUGCAUGAUGGAUGUUGUGGUUCAAUCAAGAUAUGUGUGCUCAUAUGUUGCCAAGGAAAAGACCCGUUGCAAGGGUCUCAUCUUGAAGACCAAUGGCACCCUGAACAAUUACACUUUGAUGGUUUAUUGGUCACGGCCUGGUGUUGGCAUCAAGAAGAAUGCUGA